AUCACUGCAAUGCAGCAGAGGAUCCCGAAAUGACAUGUCUUAUCGUCUUCAUAAGAUUUUUAACUCGGCUACAUACAAUAAAGAACAUUUGAAAACAAAACUAUCAUCAUUUCCAUAUAGUGGAUUAAACUUACAGUUUCAUCGUAACUGAAAAUAAUAAUUGCUUAGUAAAAUGGGGCAAAUAAUGGGUUCUUAUGGUGCCCGAAAUGUCGAUCUUUACAUGGAUGAUAAACCAACUUUUGAUCCUCAAGACGGAUUUUCUUUUGAACGUAAACAACGAGAAAUGUUAGCGCGAGAUGAAGAUUUAAUUUCGGCAAGAAUACCUCCAUCUAAACGUGACUACUGUUCUCAUCAUUUACUGGAAUAUCAAGUUUGUCGCUACAAAAACAUGCCAAUGUUGUACCGAUGUGCUCAUGAGAAACACAACUAUUUGAACUGUGAGCACCAAGAUUAUGUGCUCCGCAUGAAGGAGUUUGAGCGUGAACGUCGUUUGCGACUUCGUGAAAAUCGUCUUGUUGGUGUUGCUUAAAAGUUUUUAGAAUUUUCCUCUGAAUAUUGUAAAUAAAAUAGUUUGAAAUUAUA